GCUGCCCAUGGCCAGCCUCCUAUAAAAGAGCUAAGCAGCAGCUGGCAUAAUUUAGUUUCAACAUUUCUCAGACGGAGACAAAAACAAACAGGAUGAACUUCUCGUGGUUUGCCGUGCUCAUCUUUGCCCUGCUCGCCGUCGUCUCGGCUAGCAAUUGCCCUGCCAAGUUCACGGCCCAGGGCGGAAAAUGUGUUGCUGAGCGCCCCAUUCAUGGCGAGUGCCCCGCUGGCUCCACCUACAAGGUGAACAUUAAUGCCUGUGUCUAUGGUGCUUAGUUUUGAGCGGUGCUUGAUUAAAUAAACUGUAAUUAAAAAACCA